UCUCUAUUUCUAUCACUUUCUUUCCUCUUUGUCCUAAUUAUAUUUCUAUAAUCAUGCCUGCUCAAAUGAUGCCUGAAAAAACAUUUUCAAGAGUUCAUUCCAUAGGAAAUGAAAUUAAUUCUCCAAGCUUUACUAGAAGGUUAGAAGGAAAGGUCGCGAUUGUAACAGGUGGAGCUAGAGGAAUUGGAGAGGCAACAGUGCGACUCUUCGCAAGACACGGAGCCAAAGUUGUAAUAGCAGACGUAGAAGACAUCCUCGGCAAUUCGUUAGCAAACAUGUUGUCUUCUUCAUCAUCAGUUACUUACAGUCAUUGUGAUGUUACAUCUGAAGACGAUAUCAAAAACUUAAUCGAUUCAACAAUUUCAAAAUUUGGACAUAUUGAUAUUUUAUUCAACAAUGCUGGAGUCCUAGGAAGUCAAUCAAGCCAAAAAAAGAGCAUAAUUAAUUUCGACCCUGUCGAAUUCGACCAAGUCAUGUCUGUUAACGUACGAGGAGCCGCGUUGGGAAUGAAACACGCGGCUCGCGUUAUGAUCCCACAAGGGCACGGGUGCAUCAUUUCAACGUCUAGUGUGGCCGGGGUCAUGGGAGGACUCGGGCCACACGCGUACACGGCUUCCAAGCACGCGAUAGUAGGGCUAACGAAAAAUGUCGCGUGCGAGUUGGGGCGUUACGGGAUUCGAGUUAAUUGUAUUUCGCCAUUUGGGGUUGCAACAUCUAUGUUGGUUAAUGCAUGGAACCAUAGUGAUGAAGAGGAAGAAGAAGGGGAAAUGCAUAUUGGAUUGCCUAAUGAAAAAGAAGUUGAGAAAAUUGAAGAAUUUGUAAGGAGUUUGGGAAAUUUAAAAGGGACAACUUUAAAGGCUAAAGAUAUUGCUGAAGCAGCUUUAUAUUUAGCAAGUGAUGAAUCAAGAUAUGUAAGUGGACAUAAUCUUGUUGUUGAUGGUGGGGUUACUAUUUCAAGAAAUUGUGUUGGUUUGUAAUGUAAGGAUUUUUUUUUUUUGGUGAUUGUUAAAAUUGAAUUCCUAACGUAACAAGAGCUUAACAUAUAAUAUUCAUUGGGUUGAUGUAA